AUGGUCUACAACUCUCGUCUCGGGUAUGAUCCAGAUGAAUGGGAAGAGUGUCCGGAGCCCGAGCACUUUCUGGUCUUCUCCCCAUUCACACGAUAUUUGCUCACCGCAGCCGCCAUCGCAUUCGUCUACUAUUUUUUCAAAUUGCUCGAUGAGCACAAAAAUGGCACGUCGAAAAUUGAGCCCGAGCAAGCAGAAGCUGAGCCAAAACAGCAAAGUCUUGAGGAAAUUGUGCCGAAAUUGGAGCAAAUUCGAAAUUUGCAAGAAAUUCCCCGGAAUGCUGAGGAUUUGUUGCGAGAAGCUGAUCAAUAUUUGAAAAAUGGUGUGAAAAAUGUGGCUAAUAUGAGCAAUGGUGGUGGAAAUUUGGUGGAUAGUAAUAAUCGAUUUCCGAGUUUGGAGCUGGAUAUUAAUAUGAGGUAAUUUUUGGGGGCUGAAAAUUCACGUGGCAUAGUUUUUUCUGAAAUUUUUUCUAGAAAUUUUGAGCUGAAAAUCCACGUGGAAUAGUUUUCUGGGAUUUUCGGGCUGAAAAUCCACGUGGCAUAGUUUUUAAAAAAAAUUUUCUAGAAUUUUUGUGGGGGCUGAAAAUCCACGUGGCAUAGAGUUUUUUUUUAAAUUUUUCGAAUUUGGCACCAAAAUAUCCACGUGGCAAUUUUUCCUCAUAUUUUUUUCAGUUUGAGGUACUGUAGUCAUUUUCGGUUGAUCUACAGUAAUUUUUCCGGAUUUUUAAGUUACAGUACUUUCAGUUGACCUACAGUAAUCCUUAAAAAAUCCACGUGGCAAUUUUUCUGUUCAAAAAAAUGAAAAUAAAAAAUAAAAAUUUUCAAACGUGACCCAAAUUUAAAAUUUUUCAAUUUUUCAAUUUUUAAAAAUUUAAUCAUUUCAAAAUUUCCCGAAUUCAGAAAAUGGUGAGUUCUACAGUAAUCUUUGUAGUUUGGGGUACUGUAGACAAGGCAAUUUUUCUGGGGGUUGAUUUUUGGGGGCUGAAAAUCCACGUGGCAUUUUUUCUAUUCAAAAAAAUUAAAAUGAAAAAAAUUUUUUAAACGUGACCCAAAUUUAAAAUUUUCAUAAUUUCAAUUUUUAAAAAUUUAAUCAUUUCAAAAUUUUAUAAAUCUCAAAAAUGGUGAGUUCUACAGUAAUCCUUGCAGUUUGGGGUACUGUAGACGUAGCAAUUUUUUUCUGGAAUUUUUUGGGGGCUGAAAAUCCACGUGGCAUAGUUUUUUUUCAAGAAAUCCACGUGGAAAUUUUUCUGUUCAAAAAAAAUUCAAAAAAAAUUUCCAAACGUGACCCAAAUUUAAAAUUUUUUUUUGAUUUUUUUUUCAAAAAAAAAUCCAACUAUUUCAAAGUUUUCCGAAUUCAGAAAAUGGUGAGUUCUACAGUAAUCUAGGGGUACUGUAGCUCAUUUUAUAGAGGAUUUUCAGAUCUACAAGAUCCAAUCAUGUUCCGAUCUCAAAAAUUCAUUUUCAGCCACCCAAAAUUGCACCAAGAGCAAUUCGACAACACCCUCAGCUCGGUCAACAAUCAUCUGCAAGAAACCCUAAAAAUGGAUCUCUCACCAAAAUCCACGUCGAAUUUCGAGCAGAUCUCAGAUUACGUCACAGAUUUUGAGCACGUUCCGGAACAUCUGAGAAAAUUCGCCGAUCAUCAAAAUGCACCUCCACCUGUGCCUCAACAUCAACAUCAACAAGUUCCGAUAAGUCCGACCGAGCAGAAGUUGUUGCAAGAGUUUGAUAUUUAUGAUGGUCCUGGAGCUCCUGGAGCUCUUGGAGCUCAGAACUUCUAUCAACAAGGUGCUCCGCAACCAAUCCACGUUCAAACUCAGCAGCAAGCUGCUGCUGGUUUUGCCGAGUUACCGCAACUCUCGCCAAACUCCAGAGCUUCAUAUGAGCAACAACAAUUAUCGCCUGGCUCGAGAGCUGGUGGAGCAUUUGCACCGGUUGCCAAACGGGAGAAACGAUUGAGUGAGCAGUGAGUUUUAGAGGGAUAUUUUUGACAGGUGGCAUUUUUCAAAUUAUUUUAUAAUUAGGUUUCAAAUUGCCACGUGGCAUUUUUUAACGUGAAAAUUUUCCUAAAUGUUUUUUUUCUAGUGGAAAAUUUGAACCUGGAAAAAAAAUUGAAAUUCAAAUUUUUCAAAUUCAAAAAUUGCCACGUGGAUUUUUUUUUUCUACCAAACUAGAUUUUGAAUUUCCACGUGGCAAGUAUAAAUUUUUUAUUAGAAAAUUCUGAUUUUGAGGUUUCCACGUGGAACAAUUUCAGAUAAUUUUCCAGAAUUUUCGACUGAAAAUUUUGGACCUAGAUUUUUGAACCCUAUUUUUUUCUAAUUCUAAAAUUACACGCGGAGAAGUUUUUUCUUCUAGAAAAUUAGAUUUCAAAUUGCCACGUGGCAUUUUUUAUCACGGAAGAAUUUUUUUCAAAAAAAUUCCGAGUGGAAAAUUUGGGACCUGGAUUUUGAAAUUCAAAUUUUUUUUCGGACUUCGAUUUCUAAUUUUUCCACGUGGAUUUUUCAAAUCAAAAAAUCUGGUUUCAAAAUGCCACGUGGCAUUUUUUUCGCGUGAAAAUUAAAUUUCAAACUGCCACGUGGCAGGUACAAAUUUUUCAAAUACACAAUUUCAGUUCCAAAUUUUUUCCACGUGGCAUUUUGGAUGAAAUUUCAUGAAAUUCAAAAAUUACCAUUUUUUCUAAACUAAAAAAAUCCACGUGGCAAUUUUUUAAAAUCAGCAAAACCCUUCCAAAACUCCCCAAAUCCCCAAUUUUUUCCAGAGACGAACGUGCUCUCCAAGACUGGGAACAAGAAAAAGCGUUGCUCGAAGCGGAUCGCAUCAAAAAACUGUUGGACCACGUGGCGGGCGGCGACUCCAACACCGAUCUCUCCUCCUCCAACAAAGCCUACGAUCAUUUUGCACCAGCCUCGCACAUCUCAUAUGAUAGUCAUAGUCCAGAAGUUGCCCAGAUUCAUCAAACACCAACGGCUCCCAAGAAACCGGCUCAAUUGGCUCCGCAGAAUUUGAACAAGUUAGUUUUUUUUGGGGAAAAAUAUUUAUAUUUACAAAAAAAAAUAAUUUUAAUAUGAGUUAUUAUCUAAAGUCUCCUCAUCAGUACUAUGAAUUACCCGUUUUUCAAUCGAUUUUGCUUGCCGAGAGCUUGAUCUUUGCUCACUCUCAUAAAUCCUGAUCUUAUACCUCUUGUAGAAAAAUAUCAGCAAUAACAUAGUGCCCUGUGAUCCCAUCACAAUUGUAAAUAGAUAAUGCCAAAAUGUGGUGUAGGGUGAAUAAAGUGUGCCGAAUUGAAGGAUCCACGGUAGACCCAGCGAUAUUUGCAUGAUAAUAAUUGAGACGAUUUUGGUGGUAAAAUUCGGGUCGUAAUGAUGGUUUCCCUCACGACUGCUCAAUUUCCGACGCAUUCCAAAGAAAACUUUGUAGAUGAUUAGGGAGCUGCAGAAUAGGGUGUUUAGAAGGAGCACGGUGACUGGGACCACGAUCGCAAAGACUAUGUAGUCUGGACGAACCCAGCAGAAACAAUCUUGUCUAUCGAAGAAGUUUGUGAAUACCAAAAGUAGGAUUGAUAUUGAGAAGGGGAUUACCACACUGAAGGAUAAAACUGAGGGAGAGCUUAGGAGAAUGUUGACAAAUCUGUAG